CGUUGCUUGGCCUCGUCAUCUCUGAUAUACAUUUACAUCCACCACUUUCAGAUCUCCCCCUCAAUCCUGGACUUACCAUUUUAUCCUCUUCAUUAUCACCCCCUUGCCGCCAUGAGGCCUCCCGUCCCAGACAUACAUCCUCCUCGAUCUCGCAAGUCGUCCUUUGAGCAGUCCGUCCUUCCCUCAUGGCCUGAUCCCCGCAAUGCCGCUCCCGCAACUUUCUUCCUAACACGCAAUCGUGACUCGGACGAUCUGUCCACCGACUUCGAUGCAUUGAGGGACAGUAUGUAUGGUGUCCAGAGCCUGGAUGAGACGCUUCAACAGGCUAGUCUGGCCACUUCACUCCAUGACUCCGAUCAGGAGGCUUCCACGGGUGACUGCAAGCUCUCCAACCCCGCCGUCGUCAACCAGCAAUCUCAUGAUCCCAACGAUGAAGACUCAUACCGUCAACAGCCAUCUCAGAGACUCGUCGAUUUGCUUAAUUCCAGAAGGGACGCGACUUCCUCAUCGCCCUCCUUUUCUUUCCGCCGUCCUUCAGACUCCGCUUCAUCGCGUCCUCUUACCCCGCUUAACCUCAGCAACCCUGACGAGCCAUCAUCUCUUCCAAGCAGUCCAAAGUCCUUCUCAAACCAGUCCCUCAAACACCUUGAUGACAUAUCCAUUGCCGAUGAUCUCAGCACCCAUGCAAUCGCAUCUGGGGAAGAGGCGGAGGAAAUCCGCGACGCACCCGCCCCGGGCCCGGACAAUUCAUCCCAGCUGAUCAUGCCGAGCAUCACAAUGCCCAGUCGACGACCUUUCACAGAGAAAGGGAAGGCAAUGGGCCGGUUUAAGGUACUUAUUGCGGGUGCUUCGGGCUCCGGUAAAACGUCCAUCGUGCGAUCCAUUGUUCAGGCUUGCGAGGACAUUGUACAUGUUGACCCUUUUCCGUCUGCUAUAAAUUCCAGAUCACGACGGGGUUCUCGAACCAACUCGGCCCAUAGCUCGACCAGCGCUGUUUCGGAAAUUUAUGCCAGCACUAAGCCUUAUCCUUCUUGGUGGUCGGACCUAGAAGAUUCACGAAUUCUGAGAAGAAGAAAGAGCCUAGGUGAUGUGGUCUUGGAGCGAAACCUCUGCUUCGUUGACACCCCAUGUAACAAUUUGAGUCCUGCGGAUCAGACCGCGGCCAUUAUUCAAUACAUGUACCAGCAGCUUCUCCGCAACACGAACGCUUUAAACAACUCAAGCGCAGACUUUCAAAACAUGCUAGCUGGGAAUGGUGGCUCCCAGGUGGAUGCUAUUCUGUACCUCAUCUCUGAAGGUACACUUGCCACGGAUAUUGAAUGUAUUAGAAAGCUCUGCGACUUGACGAACGUUAUCCCCGUUAUAUCAAGAGCGGACCUUUUGUCGCCCAGCCAAGUUACUUCAUUGAAACAUUCAUUUCACAAGAAAGCUCAGGAAGCGUCCAUCAAGCCCUUCCUUUUUGGUAAUUCCCCUGGAGACGACCUAGAUGAUUUGGAUGGCCAGCUACCGUUUGCCGUGUCAUCCGCCACAUCAAACGAUGAUGAUAAUAUGGAUGCCAGCAUAUUGAUGAGUCCGGAUUACGUCCAGCCGCUGGUAUCGUCUGAGCUAGAUCUCCUGGUCCAGAAGAUGUUCGAUCGCGAUAAUCUACUCUGGAUGCGGCAUUCUGCUGCAAAGAAGCUCGCUCAAGGACGAUCUGGCGGGCCACUUCUGCGGCAGCCGACACUCCAAGGCACUCGACUUGGCCAGAGCAACAUACCCGGAUUAACCUCUUCGGUUCCUUACGAGGGUCCAUCCUACUCACAAUUGUCACAACUUGGCGGUGGUGGUUCUGGUUACACCCUGGCACGGAUAGCCGACUACACACGACAGGAGGAAACGAUGGCGCAUUUGCGGUUGGCCAAGUGGGCGUCAGACCUGCAACGCAGUCUUCAAAACGAACGUGAGAGAUAUGCAGCUCUAGCGCAAGGCGAGCGGGCCAUCUGGCUUACAGAACGUCUGAGUGAGUGUGUUAUAGAUGGUACACUCGUGCCUAUUACACAAACGCCUGGCUUUUGCGGACCACAUGGCUCUGCGGAAAAAGCUGCAGAUAGUGUUCUGGUCCGUACGUACAGUGGACGUCAGGUGGAAUGCCGUGUCUCAAGCUUCAGCCCGCACGACCCCUUGGGCGUCGUCCGGUGGGCUGAUGACCUUAACCGGCGAGGAUGGGCCAUCGUUCAGAUUGUUAGUAGUUUUGGCGUAGUAGGUGGGCUGGCUCUCUUACUCGCGAAGACCUGGGGUUUAUCCUCACGGAACUUGUCUGACUGGCCUUUCAAUUCCUGUGGCAUAAGUAACUGACAUCGGCAUGAUUUUGAGAGAAGUGAUGAUGCAUAUAACGUUCUUCACAAUCUCCAAGGAAGUCAGUCCUUGUGAAGUGUCUCUUAACGGUACUAAAAACAUAUCUGGGAGUUUGCAAGGAUCAGCUUUUAAUUGUGAUUCUUAUUUCUUUGCUGGCUUUCUUUCUACCAAGGGAGUUCUACUGGGGCAUGGUAUGAUUAUUUACGAUCUCUCGAUACAUUAUGACUACAGACAUCUUUCUUUCCCUUUAUUACCUUUUUUUAUGUUAUCGUCCAAUAGAAGGGUCUUGGGAUAGCCACUGUUGUCUUUUUAAGUUACGCUGCAUUUUGUUCAUGGAUUACUUCUACUGGCUAAAAUGGGGUGGACAGAAGAUAACGAUCUAUGAAAUUCAAAAGGCCUUCAAAGGAAUACUUAAUUAAA